UGAUUCCCCCAGUUGCGUCUCGAGAUUGCGAUAGGAACGAUUCUCCCAACGAAUGAUCUUUGUCUCCUCUAUUACAGCCUCCUUUGACAGCAGCUCGCUUCAACUACGGUGCUACGAGCAAAUCCUCCAAGAAAAGAGAGGAAGCAAACACAACAAUCAUCAGGACCAGUCGCCCAUCACCAAACCAUUCCCCGCAACCAUGCCUCCCUGCCUCCUCCCAAAGACCACGACGACCAUGACCUUCCUCCUCCUCCACCUCCUCCUCCUAUCCUCCACCACCACCGCAACCCUCUCCCCGACCCCGGUCCGCCCUCGGCAAUCCGUCCCCAGCGACACCAACCCCUCCAACAUCGACAACAACGCCAACAACCCGUCCCUCCGGGCCUGCGGCUCCACCCUCAGCACCUGCAUCAGCACCAACAACGGCACCGACACCGUCUCGGGCUGCACCCUCUCCCUCUGCUCCGACAUCUGCCGCGAAGCCUUCCCCCUAUUGGAGACCUGCUGCGCGGAGAGCAUCACGCCGAUGGACCUGGGCGUGUGCGCGGUCGAGCAGUAUUUCGCCGAUCUGGUCGGCAUGAAGAAGCCGCUGAGUUUGAAUCUGAGUCUGUCGGAUGCCGUGGGCGUCCCUACGACGACGGCGACGACGGAUGUCGCGGGGUUUGUGCCGACGGCGACGACGACGACGGCGACGGCGAUAGGUGCGGCGGCUACGGGUGAAGGUGGGAGGGUUUUUGUGGUGCCCGGGAACAACGGUGCAGGUAGAAUCGGAGAAGGAAGCGCGAUGGGGAUUUUGGGGACGGUGGUGGUUUGGUCGCUGGGGUUCUUCUUAUUGUGAAUAUGGGCGGGUUGAUGAUGUUGGGAAUGGUGGAAAUGCUUAACUAAGAGGGAUGCAAUGAUUGUGGAAUCCUUGCAACAGAAGAGUAGGAGGAGUAGGAUGACGACAACGACGAUGAUGAUGAAUGCUAUCUAAUGUCAUGAUGAACUGAAAUGAGCAUGCGGCUUCACAUGCUCAGAUCUAAUUUUAAUGGAAUGGAAUG